AUGUGUGCAUCUAUGGAUGCACAACAUGAAAGUUUACUUUUACAUAGUGAAGUAAGAUGGUUAUCGCGAGAUGAUGUGGAAGUAAAUUACAAAACUUCUAGUAAUAAUGAUACUGGCAGUUUUGUUACUGGCGAUGACUAUAAUAGUAUGGCCAUGAAGGGUUUAAUUAAAAAUGGCAUCAAUGAUUUUAAUGCCCUUAAGGAAGAUUUUUCUAGAAAAAUUUGCCCUGAAGAAACUGAAACAAUCAAAAGCUAUACACGAGCACAAAUUUCUCCGUGUAAAGAAAAAUUUCUAGAGCUAGAUGAAGCCAUGAAAAAAAUUAAAGACAUGGAAAUAACAUUAAGAGAAGCCGCAGGACACGGAAUAGCUGGUCAUCAAGGAUUUAAUCGAUGCAACUGCAAAACUGGUUGUGGUACUAAAAAAUGUGCUUGCAAUGCAGCGGAAAUGUUGUGCAGUUCAAAAUGUCAUGGAUACCAAAAUUGUCACAAUAAAUCAUUAUUAUAAAUAGUACCUAUAGUAAAACAAUCAGUGUAUUAUUUGAGAUUUAUCAUCAUUUACCACUAGUUUUGGUAAAUGACAUCAAUGACCGGUGAAAGAUGUACAUUUGAAUUUAAAAUCUGGUUUUUUACAUCAUUUACCUAUAUAAUCGAAUCAUUUUGGUAAAAGACGUCAUCCACCGGAGAAUGACGACAUUCACCAAUAUUCAUCUUUCACCGUA